AUGCCUCGACCUUCGAGGGAUACUUAUGGCGAUCAGAAGCCGCCCUAUUCUUACAUUUCGUUGACCGCGAUGGCGAUCUGGUCGUCGAGGGACAAGAUGCUGCCUCUGGCCGAGAUCUACAAGUUCAUCGCUGAUCGGUUCCCGUACUAUCGAAAGGACACUCGCAGAUGGCAGAACUCUCUGAGGCAUAAUCUGUCGUUCAACGACUGUUUCAUCAAGGUGCCAAGGGGUCCUCACCGACCGGGCAAAGGCGCCUACUGGGCGCUUCACCCUGCUGCUCUAUCGAUGUUCGAGAACGGCUCGCUACUUCGACGCCGGAAGCGUUUCAAACUGCACAAACCCGACAAGGAGCUGCUGAAAUCCGAACUGCAGGCCCUAGCGUCAGCCAUGCCACCACCUCAUUCAGAAUCCUCGCCCGUGUUGUCCAUAAAUCCCAGUGCACAGACUAGCAGUCUCACAGUGGCCAAUUUGCACCGUCUUCGCGACGACUUGCUGCGCUGGGAGCUGCAGGAGCGUCGCCUAACGAUGACUUCCGGCGGGAACGGGUCUCCAGGUUUCACCACGCCAGAGGCUGGUUCCAGCUACUACCUUCUCUCGCCGGAAGUCCGCCAGAGACUCACCGGAACAGACGAGAUCCUCCGCGGUUACGAGAACAACCUGUUGCAAACUGGAAGCUGGAGCUUCCCCAGUUUCCACGUCUCUCCCUACGUCUCUCAGCUGUCCUACUUUCAAACGGACAUACCCGAGAGUAGGCAGAUCUGUCCUGGUAGCACCGAGACCAGCGUCUCUGAGAAAACCGAAUCCAGAGGCUUCCUAGAGGCCGGAAGAGGCGCCACGAUUGACCCUGUUGACGCGAAGCUACGAUGUCCAGGUCUGGAAGCUGGAAUAUCCAGUCAGACUAGUAUUCAACCUGAGCAGAAGAAGAAGAAGAAGCCCUUCACUAUUGAGAAUAUCAUCGCACCGGAUGACGAGCAGAUUUCCAGUAACCUGGACGAGGAGAAGAGGGGACAUCUUUUGGUACCCAGGCCACUCUACGCCGGCUUCUCGUUCGGCCUUUCCACGACCAAGGUCCCGUACGAAACCGCUACUUGA